UUCUUAGAGUUGCCUGAUUCCUUGUGUUUUUAACCGUUUAUCUGGAGGCUUGGGCCUGGUUUUGGACCAUAUUUGCAUUUUCACAUCUUUUUGUUCCUGUUACUUGACUUCAUUUGCUCCAGACAACUGGGACUGAGAUUCCUCCAGCGUCUUCUCGACAGCUCGCGUCGUCUCCAUCACUCUCUUGUUAGCUUGUGGCGCUAAUAUUAGCUUUAGCUUUGGUGGAUGUUUUGGGCUUCCUUUGUCGCACUGACGUUUGUUCUUCCUUCCAGUGCACUCGGUUAACAAAAACAAACAAAGACCUUUCGUUUAACAGUACAACUUUUUUUUCCUUCUUUUGUCUUCCUAGUCCCUGCUUGCCAAUCCCUGUCCACUCAAAUUGUUUGUUUUUGUUUAUUCUUUUUCCUUCUGGCGCUAAUGUGAAUAUGCUAACUGGCUAGCUCGAGCUGUUUGUUUUCUUGUAUUUAAUGACAGCAGUCAUAAAUGUUCACGCGCACCGAGCUCUUGUGGCACUUCCGGUUUUUAUCGUUUCCUGCCCUUUUAUAGCAUCGAUUAUUGACUUAAAAUCAGCUCCCUUCGAUUAAAUCGCGCCGCCUGACCUGCAGAGACCCGCUUGUUGUUUUGAUUCGGCUGCGUCACCCGAGCAACUCCGCGAAUUCGAAUUAAUUUACACAAAUUCCAGCUCUGCACGACAUGUUUCGUUUCCUGGACGACGUCGAUGACAAUCCGUACAUGAUGGACCCUUUCGCAGCACACCGUCGUCAGAUGAGGAGUAUGUUCGGGUCGUUUGGGUUUGACCCGUUUCCUCUGAGUCCUCAGAUCCAGUCGGCCCGAACUCCCAUGCAAGUACAGCCUCAGGCUGGUGCGUUGGCCCCCUUCGGUAUGAUGGGAAUGAGUUGUGGUGAUGGUGGUGGUGUGUUGCAGGGAGGAGGAUUCAUGGAUAUGUUUGGGAUGAUGAAUGGCAUGAUGGAGAACAUGGAGAGGUUCUCCGGUUCUCCAUCCUGUCAGUCGUUCUCCUCCUCCACCAUCAUCUCGUACAGCAGCGACUCUGGCGCUCCGAAAGUGUACCAGCAAACCAGAGAAAUCAGAACAGCACCUGGAGGGAUCAGAGAGACACGUCAGUCAUUGCGUGACAGUGAGAGCGGAGUGGAGCGGAUGUCCAUCGGCCACCAUAUUGGAGAUCGAGCUCAUGUGCUGGAACGUUCCAGAAACGCGCACACUGGAGAUCAAGAGCACCGACAAGACUUCAUCAACCUGGAAGAAAGUGAAGCUGAAGCCUUUGAUGAGGAGUGGAGGAGGGGAGUAGGGCGCUACAUGGGCCCUAACGCUCGCGGACUGGAUUACGGACGGAGCCGAAGGACAGCGGCAGGACAACUGGCCUUACCCGCACCACCAAACUCCAACCCCUCUUCCUCCCCUCGACCCCCCCACCGCCCCCGCUAUGACUGGUGAAGGAACUAAGCAGAAGAGCCUCAUGAUCUACCUGAUGAUGUGAACGAGUUUGUUUUGGAAACCCUGGUCCUGCGUCCUGGCGUGAAGUGCGCGUGUGUGUGUGUGUGUGUGUGUGUGUGUGUGUGUGUGUGUAAAAAAAAAAAAUUACAUUGCAGGACUGACACUGUACAGAAUAAAUAGCUGGGUCCAAAAAUCCGAGUGCACUACUGUCCGCUAUGUAGGCCACAUCACAAAAGUCUCACCAUCCCUGUGGACGUGUCCCAAACCCUCCACCGUAGUCACUACGUAGUUUGUGGUGCAUUCUGGAGUACAAUGUCUGGAUCCUCCCCUAUUAUAGGGCAUUGUGGGAAUUCCUGUGUGUGUACUGGAUAUGCUUCGACAGAAUAGUGGACUCCAAAGAUAGUUGGAAAAAAAAUAAAAAUCCCAAAACUGCAACCUAAGUUGUGAUUUAGGACAUACAGUGAGUGUUAAUAGUAGUAUUAAAACUGCAUUCAUAUUUGCCUGGUAGUGCACUCUGACAUUUUGGACGCUAUGUAGCCUCAUCAUAUGCAUACACACAUUCUUUCUCUCUCUCUCACACACACACACACACACACACACACACACACACACACACACACAUUUAAACAUUUCAAAGUUCGUUCCUAUGCUUCCAACUCUUAAAUAUUAAAAUGUGUAAUUUAUAUACUGCUUUACACCAGGCAUGUGCCAAUAUUAAAAUUUCAUUUCACCAAAAUAGAUCAAGUUCUAUUGCAAUUUAACAAAAAAAAAAAAAAAAAAAAAUUGGUUCCUCUCAUGCCUUCUCUGAUAAGGACACACACACACACACACUCUACAUGCUCCAAAAUAAGGACUCUUAUAAGACAGUUGUCCUCAUGUGGCAUUGUGAAUGAGACAUGCAGGACGAUCUGCGCGCCUCCUCCCGCCUGGAACGCUGACGGCGUUUUGUGUUGAAUAUUGCGGCACGUUGUAUCCUUAAUCGUCGACACAUGCCUAAAACACACACACUGUACAGUUCAUUAAUGUCUGUGUUGUUGACGCUAUGCUAAUCUGUGACUUGAGCUGUACACUGUUGACUAGUUAAACUUAUUAAUAAAUAAAUUAAACUUG